AUUCCAGCGCUUCAUCUUGUACGCAUUUGCUUAUACCAACGCACCCACAUAACUACCAUCCUACGCCUUUGUCUAUAUCAUACUUCCGGCCGCACAUUCUAUCGGACGUGUCCAAAAUGGACCGCAGCUUGGAUGAGAUCAUCGCCGAACGCCCUCAAACCCAGAGUCAGCCCCAGAACCAGAACCGUGGUCGCCGCCCUCAAGGCCGUCGCCGUGAUGGCGUAAAAAAGCCCUACAGAGAUGACCGUGUCGACCUUGAUCUUGAUUGGGUCCAUGACAAAUUCGAAGACGACAGAGAUGCGCGACCUUCCCGUGGCGGCCGACGUGCUCGCAACGACCGCUACUCGCAGUCCCCGGAACGGGGCACUGGCGGCCCGUCAGGAGCCAAGCUCCGCGUUGAGAACAUCCAUUACGACAUCACAGAGAGCGAUCUCGAGGAUCUCUUCUCCCGCAUCGGACCCCUUCAAAACGUAAGCCUCGUAUACGACCGAGCCGGCCGCUCCGAAGGCCUCGCCUUCGUGACCUAUACACGCAUGAGCGACGCGAGAACAGCGAUCAACGAGUUUGAUGGCGCCAACGCCAAGGGCCAACCAAUCCGACUGGCACUGAUCGCGACCGGCGACCGCGGCCGCCGCGACCGCAACCCCUUCGAUUCCGUCCAGCGCCCCAAAGGCAGCCUCCUCGAUCGCGUCGAGCGGCCCCGCAACGCCCGCAGUCUCAGCCCUGACACCCGAAGCGAAAGCCCGGACGGCGGUUCCCACCGUCGUCGUGGGCGUCGCGGUGGCGCAGCCCGCGUCCGUCGCAGUGACGUCUCCAAGCCGGCCCCCGAACACAUCGAUCGCUACGUUCCCGGCCAGAGCUCAUCCUCUCCGCGACGAGCAGCCCCCAACGGCGGCCGCCGACAGGGCGGUGGAGCCCCCAGGGAAAACAGAGGAUCAGACAGCCGUCGCGCGGCCAACGGCCGGCCGCGAAAGACACAGGAAGAGCUGGACCAGGAAAUGGACGACUACUGGGGCGGAGGAAACCCCGGCGAGACUGCCAACCAACCUGCCGCACCCGAGGCUCCUGCUGCUGCCGCUGCGGCUGCCCCUGCCGCCCCGGCACCCGCGGGAGACGACGACAUUGACAUGAUUGAGUGAGGGGAGGUCAACAAAUUGUGACGAUGAUAGUGAUAUCCGUGUAACAAAUAGGUGCAUGUUAUUGUUGCUGUUACUGUUGCUUGCUCGCUUGCUCGCUUGCUGCUCAGGAGGAUUUGUGGACUAUGCUCGAUCAGACUGGAACGGAAAGGAUAGAUUUUUAUUAUUACUUGCUUACGGCUUGUCACUCAUUUCUGAUGGGAUAUGAAAUGAAUCCGCAUUACUAUCCUGCCAUGUGUAUGAC